AAACAAAAAAGAAAAAAAAAAGAGGAAAACCCUCCUGUGUCCUCGACUCCUCUCCCUUCAAGAUCUUCCACGGCCGACCACUGCUAACGUUCUCUCUCUCUCUCUCCCUUUCUGCAUUUCCCUCUUCUUCCUCUCUCGCUAUUUCAAUCGUGUUGCGAGGCCAAAAUUGUCUUAGGGUUUAUUUGCUUCGUAUUCGUCCAUGGCUGCUCCACCUGCUAGGGCUCGAGCCGAUUACGAUUACCUCAUAAAGCUCCUCCUUAUCGGCGACAGUGGUGUGGGAAAGAGUUGCCUUCUUUUGCGAUUCUCAGAUGGCUCAUUCACUACAAGCUUUAUUACUACCAUUGGCAUUGAUUUUAAGAUAAGAACAAUUGAGCUCGAUGGCAAACGAAUCAAACUGCAGAUCUGGGACACGGCUGGUCAAGAGCGGUUCCGAACUAUCACAACAGCUUACUACCGUGGAGCGAUGGGUAUUCUGCUGGUGUAUGACGUUACCGAUGAGUCAUCAUUUAACAACAUUAAGAACUGGAUCCGCAACAUUGAACAGCAUGCUUCUGACAAUGUCAACAAGAUACUGGUGGGGAACAAGGCUGACAUGGAUGAAAGCAAAAGGGCUGUGCCUACCUCAAAGGGCCAAGCACUUGCUGAUGAGUAUGGUAUCAAGUUCUUUGAGACUAGUGCAAAGACAAAUUUAAAUGUGGAGCAGGUUUUCUUUUCAAUAGCAAGAGAUAUAAAGCAAAGGCUUGCAGAAACAGACACCAAGCCGGAGCCUCAGGCACUUAAGAUUAACCAACCAGACCAAGCAGCUGGUGGUGCUCAAGCUCCCCAGAGAUCAGCGUGUUGUGGUUCUUAAUUGAAUCAAAAUUUGGAUUUAGGAGAGAGAGAGAUAGAGAGGGCAAAACCUGAAGGCGACACCAGUUGACAAAGACUGAUCUUGAUGAAAGUAUGGUGGGUGCUGUAUUUUUCUUCUUACCAUUCUUUUCAACUACUAUUUUUAGCGUGUGAACGGAAGUUCCUCACUCAUUUGUGGAAUUUACUAUAUGACAGACACGAUCAUUUUUUUUUUUUAAUUUUUUGUGGGGGGUGGGGUGGAUGAGGUGGGGAGGGAUGAGAAAACCCUGAUAUUGUUUUUUUUUCACCCAGAGAACUCUAAUAUUGUUCAUUUCCAUAAUGUAGAAAAGUAUAUAGGAGCAGCUGUCUUUUUUUUCUCCUA